AUGGAAGGAGAACAAAAUAUACCCCCUUACUUAAAAAAUAGUCCUUUAGAUUUGUAUAAAAAAUAUGUCACAUUUACGUUGCCAAGCAGUAUGAAUAAAAUGGAUUGUUCAAAAAAUCUUAAUGUUGAGGAUGAUGGAUAUCUUGUACAUUAUAAUGGGACGGGAGUGACAGAUAUCGAUGCGGGUAUUGUAAGGUCGGAUUGUCCAAUUCCUGAUAAAGUUGGAUUAUUUUAUUUCGAAGUUGAAAUUACGAGUAAGGGAGAAAAUGGAUAUCUUGGAGUCGGAUUUUGCGAAAAAGAAGUUCGUUUAGACAGAUUGCCAGGAUGGGAACCAAAAUCUUUCGGAUAUCAUGGAGAUGAUGGAAAUAAGUUUGAAUCUAAUGGUACAGGAGCUCCAUAUGGUCCUAUUUUUACUACUGGAGAUAUCAUUGGUUGUGGAAUUAAUUUUUAUAAAAAAAAAGCCUUUUAUACUAAAAAUGGAAAAAAUCUGGGUAUGUAUAAAUAA